AUGGCCAGCACAUCAAACUUCCCUUUUACCGUGACGGAACAUAUCGUUGAUGGACAAUACAUCCGCGAAUACCCUCGAGCAACCGUCUCACAAGCUUCUUGCUUGAAGCUGGCGGUGAAGAAGUAUGUCCCCAUUGAAAACCCAAAUCCUCAAACUGGGGACGUGACCAUCAUUGGGGCGCCUGGUGGUGGCUUUCCGAAAGAGCUUUAUGAACCAUUAUGGGAAGACCUUCUUGCAAGAUGUAACAAAGAUGGAAUCCGAAUUGGAUCUAUCUGGAUUGCAGAUGCCGCAAAUCUCGGCGCUAGCGGUGUGGUGAACGAGGAACUACUGGGCAAUGACCCAUCUUGGCUUGAUCACAGUCGGGAUCUUUUAUAUAUGAUUAACCAAUUUCGUGAUGAAAUGCCGCGGCCCAUCGUCGGCGUAGGUCAUAGUAUGGGGGCAGGUCAACUUGUCCUCCUUUCUCUCAUGCAUCCUCGCCUGUUCACGUCUUUGGCUUUAGUCGAGCCAGUAAUUGUGCCAGAUACGUUCAGUGGAUAUGGGCCGUUAUUAUCAAAGCUGUCGCUUAAGCGACGUGAUACCUGGUCAUCCAGGUCCGCGGCUAUUAAAGCGGCGCGAAAGACACACAAGCGAUGGGAUGAACGCGUCCUUGAGCGAUGGGCUUUACAUGGAUACCGCAGUCUUCCGACAGCCCUCUACCCGCAGAACUCACACAGCGACACAAAUGUCAUCCAUGAUGGCCCGGUCACCUUAACAAGCACUAAGCAUCAAGAAGUGAUGCAGUACGUCCGGCCCAACUUUGGAGGCCACAGGCCUCUUGGGCAAGAAGGAUCCGCCGUCGGGCCUUCUCAUGAACCCCUGUUCCAGGCUGAUGUGAUUGGCCCUCCUUCGAAAACUGCGCCUUUCUACCGCAGCGAGCCUGUGAUUGCAUGGAAGUUACUGGAUCACGUUCGGCCGUCGGUUCUUUAUGUGUUUGGUGGUAGCAGCCCAAUAUCAAAACCUGAGAUUUGUGCUGAAAUCUUGCAUCGGACCGGUGCUGGCGUCGGAGGGAGUGGCGGGGUGCUGAGUGGACAGGUGAAACAUAAACGUAUUGAAUCUUCCGGGCAUCAGGUACCACUAGAAGAGGUUGCCGAGACAGCAUCGGCUAUUGGGACAUGGAUUGGGUCGGCGGUGCAAAGAUGGCGGGAGGACGAGAUGCGGAUUGCGAAGGAUUGGGCAGAUCGGCCAAUAAAGGACAGACUGAGUGUUUCUGCUGAAUGGAUGCCUGGACUGGAGACUGCUUGCAAGGUGUACGAACAGAAGUCAAGGCUCUGA